CACAAACUCAAUUUAUUCUCUACCUGAUUCUGCCUGGGAAUUUCUCGUCCCAACAUCUAGCUUCUCUUUCCACCGUUGCUUCGUCAUUCUGACCACAACGAUGCAAGAGAAGGAAGUGGCCUACUCCACCGCGGUGGCUGAUGAAACAGCCCCGGAGGAGACAGCGGUCCACCUCAAAAACCUCAAGCUACAGCAUCAGUGGGAUCCCAACCUACCGGAUGAGGUCGCGGACGAGAUCGAUGAUGCCCUUCACACGACCGACAAGGGGGCGCGUGAAGGCAUGGCGCAUGAGUUGCUGGACGAUUCGCCGUAUCCCGAAGUCCGCGCUGCCGUGCCCAACUAUGACGAGGGCGGCCACACCAACACCAUCCGCGCGUGGACAAUUGGCUUGAUCUUUGCUACGAUCGGUUCGGCUCUGAACAUGCUGUUUUCCAUGCGCAACCCCUACAUUGUCAUUCCGUCGUAUGUGGCCCAGGUGGUUGCAUACCCGGUAGGCAUGGCAUGGGCGAAGGUGAUGCCAAACAAGGUCUUCAGUCUGUUCGGUCUUCAAUUCAAUCUCAACCCCGGCCCCUUCAGCAAGAAGGAACAUGCCCUCAUUGUCAUCAUGGCAAAUGCCACUUUUGGUGGUGGUGCCGCUUACGCGACAGACGUUCUGCUGGCUCAGCGCGCCUUCUACAAGCAGCACUUCGGAUGGGCGUUUGAGAUUCUUAUGUGUAUUUCGACCCAGAUGCUCGGGUUCGGUAUGGCGGGCUUCUUCCACCGGUUCUUGGUAGCCCCGGCGGCUAUGAUCUGGCCUUCCAACCUCAUCAACUGCGCCCUAUUCACCGCGCUCCACGAUACCCGUAAGCCGGACCCGUCCAAGGUCAAUGGAUGGAGAAUUGGAAAAUAUCGAUUCUUCCUCUACGUCAUGGUUGGGUCCUUCUGCUGGUACUGGAUCCCGGGUCUCAUUGCACCAUUCCUGAGUGUCUUUGCGUGGGUGACAUGGAUCAAGCCCCAGAGCCCCGUCGUCAACCAGCUUUUCGGCGGCUCGACCGGCUUGUCGUUGAUUCCCAUGACAUUUGACUGGACGCAAAUCUCGGGCUUCAACUUCAGUCCGCUAAUUUCACCCUGGCAUGCGAUCGCCAACACCCUCAUUGGCAUGAUCAUCUUCUUUUGGAUUGUUACCAUCGGUAUGCAUUUCAGUGGUAUGUGGUGGUUCAAGUAUCUACCCAUCAGUGACUCUAGCAGUUACGACAACACUGGUGCAAAGUACAAUGUCUCUCGCAUCCUGACGCCUGAGUUCACCCUUGAUCUGAAGGCAUACCAAGAGUACUCCCCGCUUUUCCUGUCUACGACAUUCGCACUCUCCUAUGGCCUUUCCUUUGCCACUAUUGUCGCUCUGUUGGUGAACACCGGGCUCUUCCAUGGGAGCGAGCUGUGGGUGCGCUUCCGCAACUUCGGCAAGGAAGAAGAGGACGUUCAUGGCCGGCUCAUGGCCCGCUUCAAGCCGGUCCCGCUCUGGUGGUACGGUGCGGUGAUGGUUGCAAUGAUUGCCAUCGGCCUUGGCCUCGUCCUGGGAUAUCCUACCCAUCUGAGCUGGUGGGCAUUUUUUGUGGCCCUGAUCAUCGCCGUGAUUUGGUAUGUGCCCAUCGGUAUCAUCCAGGCGUCCACCAACAUUGCCCUUGGGUUGAAUGUAUUGACCGAGUUCAUUGUCGGGUACAUUCAGCCGGGUAAGCCUAUGGCCAUGAUGCUGUUUAAGACCUACGGAUAUAUGAGCAUGUACCAAGGGUUGUACUUCAACCAGGAUAUGAAGCUGGGUCACUACAUGAAAAUUCCACCCCGUGUGUCCUUUGCCGGCCAGAUGGUCGCUGCCCUAUGGUCGUCUAUCGUCCAGAUCGCCGUCAUGAACUGGGGUCUCUCCACGAUCAAGGACAUCUGCAGCCUGGACCAGCCCAACAACUACAGCUGCCCCAACGGCCGCGUGUUCUACCAGGCCUCGGUAAUCUGGGGUCUCAUCGGUCCGCAGCGCAUGUUCUCCCCUGGCCAGCUUUACGUCGGCCUGCAGUGGUUCUGGCUGGCUGGCGCUCUGCUGCCUGUAGCUAUCUAUUUGGCUGCCCGGAUGUGGCCCAAGUCCAACAUCCGGUACCUCAACGCUCCCCUGCUCUUCGGUGGAGCAGGCCUGAUCCCGCCCGCCACCCCACUGAACUAUCUCACCUGGGGCUUGGUGGGUAUGAUCUUCAACAAGUACAUCCGCGACAAGUUCCGCGGCUGGUGGAUGCACUAUAACUACGUCCUGUCUGCGGGCCUGGACGUCGGCUUGGAUCUGUGUACGAUCUUGAUCUUCUUGGCGAUUGAUCUCACCAACACGAGCUUCCCUUCAUGGUGGGGCACGAAUAUCGCGGGCGAUACGCUGGAUAUGUCUGGUAAGGCUGUGCAGUUGAAGACGAACGGAACUUUUGGCCCGGCCUCUUGGUAAUUACCAUUCUGUGUUCUGUGGAGUAUAAGUGAUGGCUUCGAUGGCCCAAUACUUCGGUUUGGAUGGUUCUGGUGGGGAUGACAGAGGAUGAGAGAGAGAGAGAGAGAGAGAGAGAUAUCCUGCCAGUGGAUCUGGCCGGUGACGUGAUCUAUGAUCCUGACGACUAUCUCCCUGUAUUAUGAUUAUGUUAUAAUU